GGUCAAGGCGGCGACGGCCACCGGAGCCAAGGAUGUCACUAGGCCAAGAGUGGUAUCAUUGGGGUUACCAGAUCUUGUCGCUCAGGCUCGCACUGGCGCUUUCUGGUUCUACCUUGGGACUGGCACCCACAGUAACAAUUGUCCGUGGCGAGUCGCUGGAAGCGCUUAUACUAUCGAGUAAAAGAGUAAAAAACCCAUAGUGAAUGAG